ACAUCAUUCAGCUCAGCUGCGAUAACCACAAGUCGCCAGUCGAUGACGUCAGUGCACCAACUUUCCGAAGAAAGCUGAAUAGAUGCUUUACAUGAGAACAGAAGUUAGUGAAAAUACGUUUAAUGUUUCCAAAUGCGAUUUCCGGACCUCGAAAGCCUUAUUAUUUUAUCUGUAAGACAUGUAUAUUGAUUGUUUAUAAGUGACGUCGGCAGCAUGUGCAAAUGUAAACUCCGUUCAUUGACAUGGACCGUAUUUAUGACAGUCCUGAUGAUAAAACAGCAGCAGUCUGUAAUUUCUUCAUCUGUGGAGGUUCGAGUGAAUGUUGACAAACCACUACGAAAAUUGGAGCACUUUUGGAGAAGCACUGGAUUCUGUCCUCCGCAGCCGCACACGGAUGCACACCUGUAUGAUCUCAGUCCAGACCAGCAGAUGAAUCUGGCCUUGAUCGGCUCAGUGCCACACAGAGGAAUCCAGCAGGUGCGAAUACACUGGAUGCUGGAGCUGGUGUCUGCACGGGUUUAUGGCGGAGAAUAUCACUACAACUUCACUCACCUAGACCAGCUGAUUGACCUUCUGUGGCAGAAUGGACUGCAGCCAGGCUUUGAACUGAUGGGCAGCGUCUCCAACACCUUCAGCAACUUUGAAGAUAAGCAACAAGUUGCUGAAUGGAGAAAUUUGGUCUAUCUGAUCGCCAAACGAUACAUCUGGAAAUACGGCCUGGGCUUUGUUUCUCAGUGGAACUUUGAGACUUGGAAUGAACCGAACAAUCAUGAUUUUGACAACAUCACUGUGUCAAUUCAAGGGUUUCUGAACUAUUAUGAUGCCUGUUCUGAGGGCCUUCGUGCAGCGAGUCCUCUGUUGAAAUUUGGGGGUCCGGGAGACUCCUGUCACUCACAGCCACGCUCCCCGUACUGCUGGGAGAUGCUGAAACACUGUUACAAUGGCACAAACUACUUCACAGGAGAGAGCGGCGUACGGCUCGACUACAUUGCACUACACAAGAAGGGCGGGGGAGGCUCAUUACCCAUCCUGCAGCAGGAGGUGUCCACUGUGCAGGAGAUCCAGCAGCUUUUUCCAGACUUUCGCUCGCUGCCGAUAUACAAUGACGAGGCGGAUCCACUGGUGGGCUGGAACAAACCGCUCACCUGGAGAGCAGACGUCACCUAUGCAGCCAUGGUGCUUAAAGUGAUCUCACAGCAUCAGGACCUGCUUAUCGCCGAUCGGAACAGUACUGUUAACUACACUCUGCUGAGCAAUGAUAACGCUUUCCUGAGUUACCAUCCGCACCCGUUCAGCCAGCGCACCCUCACCGCACGCUUUCAGAUCAACAGCACAAACCCUCCACACGUGCAGAUACUGAGAAAACCAGUCCUCACUGUCAUGGGCCUGCUGGCACUGUUAGGCGAGACUCAGGUGCAGGCCGAGGUGUCUGAUGUGAAUGCGUCGGUGGGUUUGUUGGCCAGCGUUCACGUUCCUCAGGUGCCGUUCAGCGCAGACAGCUGGCAGAGCAGUGUCCUGAUCUAUAACAGUAGAGACAACCAGACCUCCACCUCCGAUGAUGUCAUCAGUCUGCGCAUCACUGGAUUACCUCAGCGCCAGGGUCUGAUGUAUGUGACGCACUACAUGGACAAUAAUGUGACAAACCCAUUCAAACUGUGGGAGAGCAUGAGCAGACCGGACUAUCCCACUGCACAACAGUUCACGCAGAUGCGGAAUCAGGAGGACCCGCAGACUGAUGGGCCUCUGCCAGUCCCAUCUGAUGGCUCUCUGAUGCUGAAGAAAAGCCUUCCCAUCCCUUCAGUGCUGCUCGUACACAUAUGUGCUCAGUCUGAAGAAAUGCCCAACCAGGUAAACGGGCUGCGUUUCAUCAGCAUCACCAAAGGACAAGUUCUGAUCAUCUGGAAGGAUCACUGCGUCGGCACCAAGUGUAUAAAAACAUAUGAAGUGGAAUUCUCCAGAGAUGAGUCCACAUUCCUGAGGAUUAAUCACAGAGACACUAUUUUCACAUACUUCACUUACUCUCCAGAGAGUCUGGAGGUGAGCGGUUUUUACAGAGCGAGAGCUGUGGAUUACUGGGGACGAAAUGGAGAAUAUUCUGUCACAGAGGAAUAUUCAGAGAACCGGUAGUCACAGUUAGGUGUUUGACUUUCCACACACACUAUAGUUAGUUAACUAGGUAUCUUAUUUUACUUAAAUCGCACUAGUUAGUACAUAAUGGCUUGAAUAACAAGGAACAGUGCUCAGCAUAAUAGAGUACACCCCAUUUUGAAAAUGAAUCUUUUAUCCAUUUCCCAGUGAAUAAGGUAAUAUAUUUUGGUGCAUUUAAACAAAACAGAUAUAUUUAUUAAAAUAAUAUUUUAGUCACCAAACAUCUUUAUAGAUGGAAAUAGAAAGAUAAUACAUUUAAAUGUCAAGCAAAAUGUUGCAACAAUUUUUUUUACAAACUACAAAAUUUUAUAUAUUUUUAGCUACAAUUGAUUUUUUUUUCCUCUUGUUUUAAAUUUUAAUUAAAAAAUUGUCCCCAACAAAUUUGGAAUACUAAUUUUUGAUCUGUGUUAAUGUUUUUUUUUUUUUAAUGUCAUGUCAGAUUAGCUCCAGAUUUGGCAUCAGUACUGUUGUAGUUUCCGGCUGUUCCAUUAAUAGAUUAGCUCCAGAUUUGGCUUCAGUAGUGUCAUAGUUUCCAGCCGUUCGAUUAGUCAAUCAAACUCCUCCUGGAGGUUAUAUAAUAUUGGAACGCAUCCUAUAGUACAAUAUGAAAUUAAGGAUUUAAGUUUGUACUCCUAUAUGCUGAGCACUGUAACAUUUCCAUCUUGUACUUUUGGAUUUACGUCGAAUGCAUCAGUUUUAUUCUGAUUCAGGAAUUAUGGACUGUGGGAAAUGACAUUUAUAAGUUGUAUUAGACAAAA